AUGGUGGAAGACAGCAGAUUCUGCAAAAAUUGUAAACAAGAUGUGUCUGCUGCCAAUUUCUCCCUCCACGAGGCCCACUGCUUGCGCUUUCUCACUCUCUGUCCAGAAUGUGAUGAACCAGUUGCCCGAAAGGAUAUGAAAGACCAUCAAGCAGAAGCACACAAGCAGGUCAGAUGCAAUCUUUGUCAGCAAAGCAUGCAGCAACACCAGUUGGAGCAUCACGAGACCAAGGAAUGCCACAAGCGAGCAGUGAAGUGCAAGAUCUGUGAACUUGAAAUGCCCUUCAGUAAGCUGGAGGAACAUGUGAACACCUGUGCCAGCCGCACAGAGCUUUGUGGGGAAUGUAACAAAUACAUCAUGUACAAAGACCAGGAAAAGCACAAAGAUACUUGCCAGGGCAGUGGUCUGUCCUAUCGUAAGGAUGUGAACUUUCAGACCAGAGAAGCAUCAACUGAUGCAACAUCUAUUUGCUCCACUGGUACUGGUGGCAGGCUUUGCCAGAGGUGCAGUAAGUCAUUCCCAGAUGACCAGUAUUUCCAACAUCUUAAUAAAUGCUGUGCAGCCCAUAAGCUGACAAAAGUUCUUGCCAGCCAGUCAACUUCCAAGCUCAGCACUGAUCCACCACAGUCUUGUUCCUCCCUGGCUCCCUCUUCCUGCUCCAAGAAUGCAAUGGUGUGGAAAGAUGUCCGUCCCAAAGUGAAAGAAAGGGGCCAGCCAUUGACCUCCAAAACCUUGCUUAACCCUCCAAAGAACAAAAAUGCUGGCUUUCCCUCUCCCACAAGAGGCGGACUUGCCACAGCACCUCAAGAUCUUAAAGACACCGAGUUUUUUGACAUUCUGGUGAACUGUGCCCACUGCAACAUUCUUCUGCCACUUCCAACCCUUCAGAAACAUGAGAUCAAAUGUCUACAUUUGACAUCUUAAAAUGCUAGGAUGAAACCAAAAUGAAGCCAUGGAAGAAAAG